AUCCUCUUAGCAACUUUCUGCUGAUGGAGCUUCAGUGAGUAAAGCUCCACACUUUCUCAUUACUAGCUUAGCAUCACCGCAGGCCUCGCUUGCUUUUGUUCAACUUCACUGGGUACAGUCUGAAGAUAAAGGACAUGUCUGCCGAAAAGAAGCCCAAAAAGAAGAAGCCCGAGUCGACUCCAGCAGAGACCAACGGCACCGAAGCCAAACCCAAAAAGACCAAGAGCAAGAAGAGCUUGGAUCUGCCGGCCGAGAGCAGCCCGGUCACUCAGAAUGGAGAGAAGGUGAAGAAGAAGAAACUGGAGAAGGACAAAGAAUCAACAGAGAAGGAGAAGGAAAGCAAAAAGAAAGCAAAAAGUGCCCCGAAGAAGAAGAAGAGUUCUACAGAAGAUGAUGAUGAGGAGGAGGAUGAUGAAGAGACCACUCCUCAGAAGAAGACAAAGAAAAAGACUUCAAAAGAAAGUUCUGAUGGAAAGGAAAAAGAGAAAGAAAAAGACAAGAAGUCCAAAUCAAAAGAUGUCAAAGAGGAUGUAGAUAGUAAAGGAAAAUCUAAAGCCAAGAAAAAGGAACCAGCCUCCAUGUUUCAGAUCAAUGGAGACAAGCCUGAAACCAAGAGUAAAAAGAAAGCAGCUGCCAAAUCUGAGAGUGAAGAUGAGAGCCAACCAGAAACCAAAACCAGCAAGACGAAGAAGAAGAGCAGCUCAACCCCAGCGUCCAUGUUUCAGACAGGAGGGGACAAAGACAAGGACAAAAAGACAAAAAAGACCAAAAGUCCUGCUAAAGCAGAAGAGACUGAAGACUCUGAUUCAGAAGUGACACAGAAAAAGAAAAAGGGCAAAGGGAAAAAAGGCAAAAAGGAGGAGCGAGCACCUUCUCCUCCCAUCGAGUUUGACAAUCUGGAGGAGUUCGUUCUUCAGCCUGCACAACAGGGCGUCACGGUAAGGUGCAAAGUGACCCGUGACAAAAGAGGGAUGGACCGAGGCCUUUACCCAACAUACUACCUGCACCUGGACGACGAGAAGAAAGUGUUUUUGUUAGCGGGAAGAAAGAGGAAAAAAAGCACAACCUCAAACUACUUGAUCUCCAUUGACCCGACCGACCUCUCCAGAGGAGGGGAAAACUUCAUUGGGAAGCUGAGGUCAAAUCUGAUGGGUACUAAGUUCACGGUGUUUGAUAAUGCACUGCAUCCGGACAGAGCUCUGCCGGACAUGUCUAACGCACGGCAGGAAUUAGCAGCCAUUAUCUAUGAAACAAAUGUUUUGGGUAUGAAAGGACCAAGGCGAAUGAUUGUAAUUAUUCCUGGCAUGAGCAAAGACGGAGAACGAGUCCCAUUACGACCACGUAGUGAAAAUGAUGGCCUCCUCAUUAGACAUCAGAACAGAAAUAUGGAAAACUUGAUAGAGCUGCGCAAUAAGACGCCAGUGUGGAAUGAAGAAACGGCGUCACACGUGUUAAACUUCAGCGGCAGGGUCACACAGGCCUCCAUCAAAAACUUCCAGAUUGUGCAUAACAAAGACCAGGACUAUAUUGUGAUGCAGUUUGGGAGAGUCGCAGACGAUGCCUUCACUCUGGACUACAGGUAUCCUCUGUGUGCCGUGCAAGCCUUUGCCAUCGCCCUCUCCAGCUUUGAUGGCAAAAUCGCCUGCGAGUAAAAGCGUAAACACGUCCUGUUGGUGUCUUUCUGUUAUUUCAUCACACGUUCUCAAUCAGCAUCGGCUCAAUUCACAACAAGACUGAAAUCCAUGAAUCUGUAAAAUAUAGCCACCAUUGCAUGUGAGUUUGCAUGAUUUUACAUGCCAUAGAGAGAUCUGCUGGUAAUAUCCGCUUGGGCUAAAAUCAAGUAAUGGUUGUAGACAGAGUGGGUGAACUGAGAAAGCAUUGAGAUGUUUGAUUUGAGAGUUUGAAAAAUGCUAAUUACCCCGGUGGUGAGGAGGUCACAUUAGACGUGAUGUGUGUUUGAAAAGGGAAAGUUUUAGGUUAUGCAUACAAUGCAAUUAGCAAAAAUGUGUUUUAACAUUGUCUGUUCAACAUUUUAGUAAAUUGGCUUAAAAACUGUUAUCUUAUACUAAUAACAUGAAUAGAAAAUGCACUUUGUUCAUAGG